UGUCCCCAGCAGCCCACCCUUGCAACAGAUAUACCCAUCAAUAAUAUUACAGAUGUAGAGCCACUAAUUCAAAGAUUCAAUUAUUCAAGAAUUGUUAUACGAAUAAACCCACUUGUUUAUAUCUAGCUUUUGCAGAGUUUGGAUCGAUCAACGUGUAAAGUUUUUUUUUUAAUUUUCAUGCAGUUGCAUUUGAAAUCAGCUUUUGCAUGAGAAAGUAUUAAUGGCGACUGAAGCAGAAACUCCAGAACCAGUUUCAUUAACGAAAAUAGUAGGGGAAAAUAUUUACUUGGAGAAAGAGCAGUCUGAAUGCCGGGUAGAAAAAGGAGAAAUGCAAGUAGCCACCGGGCCAGAAGCCAUGAAUACCACCAUUGAAGCCAAUGUUGAAACCGCUGAGGGUGAAAGAUUUUUGGAAUCAUCCUCUGGUGUUGAGGUUUCCUGUACAGACACCUACAAUGAAUCGAAACAGAUGGUGGUGGACAAUGUAAAAACUGAGGUUGCAGAUGAGUCCGGAAAGGGGGGAAGUGAAAUCAUGGAAGAUUCAGAAGAGAAACCAGAGAAGAAUGACAAGAGCCAUGCCAUUGAAAGUCUUACAGGAAGUAGUUUACGGAUGGCAGAGAUUGAAGAACCGGAUUUCACCAGACAGCGAGUUUCAGAGGAAUGGAGCAUUGGUUCACAUUCUGAAGUUAUUACAGACCAAGAUGUUCCUGUUGAAGAUAAGAGCUUGGAGAAAGAAACAGGUCAAGUGCAUCAUAAUGAGGAAGUUGACGGCAAUAAGGAAGUUAUUGGCAUACCUGAGACCAAAUUGGAUCAUGAAGGAGAAGCUUCAAUUCGUGUGCUGGAUUUAACAGUAGCCAGCUUUAACAAGGAUGGCACUGGAGAGGCCUUCACCCAAAGUAUAGCAGUGCGUCCAGACAUACAGAGUGAUGAAGAAGCAACCUCAAAAAUCAAGGAGGGCGAUGAGGAAAUUGUUCAUAAGCCAUAUGCCACAUCUGCAACAGAAGCAUCGAGCAUACAUGAAGCAGAACUUAAAGAAAAUAUUGAAGUGAAUGAGAAAAUUACAAAAGAUAAAUGCAUUUCAGAUGAGGACAUAUGCGGGGAAGGAAGUACUUUCUUUGUGACCAAGGACAACACUGGUGAUACAGAAACCAUUAAUGCCUUGGAGCACAGUCAAAGUGGAAUGUCAAGCCAUGAGCCAAGGCCAGAGAACUUGCAGCAAAAUAAACCAGAAGAGGAGAAGCUUGAAAGGGCAUUAAGUGUGGUGGACAAGGAUUUUAUUGUUGCUGCAUUAACCGAACAUGCUGAAACAAUUGAAGAGGAAGCAUACAUUGAAAACCAGAAUGGAAGGUAUGAGGAAAGAAUCAUUGAUGCCUUGGAGCAUAGUCAAAGUGAAACAUCCUACCACGAGGAGAAGCCAGAGAACUCCAGUAUAGACGUUUCAACCGAAUCUGCUGAAACAAGGACAAGUGUUGAAGGACAGAUACCCUUUAAAAGCCAAGAAGAAAGCUUUGAAAAAAUAAUAAAGGAAGACUUAUCAAUCCACACUGAUGCUGAUAGUAAAAAUGAGAUUCCAGAGGAUAAGGACAUACCACAAAUUGAAUUGAAUGAGAAGACAGAAGGUGCAGAAGUUGAGGUCCCAAAUGAGAAUGCGACUGAUAUACAUGAUCCUCAUCCACUGAUUGAAGUAGCCAAACAGACUGAAGAAAUAAAUUUGGAUAAGGUCUCCAGCAUUGAACCUGAGGGAAGAGCUCAGGAAGUAAAUGAAGCCUCAACAGAAGAGAAGUAUAUUAAAGAUCCACCUGAGCCUUACCAGAGUCAGAAUAUGACAAUUGUAGAACAUCCAUCUACAGAAGAGGAAGUAAAAACAGAAUUGACACCCCGAACAAAUGAAACAGAUAUAAAGGAACUCUAUGUACCUGAAUUGGAAUCCGAGGAAAAGUCGGUGAUCAAGGGUAACAUUGCUGCAGAAAAGUCAGAAGAAGAGAACAAUACAGAGCAAAUCAUAGAACUAGAAUCAGUUGAACAAGUUUCAGUCAAGAGCUUAGAAGAUGAGGAAAAGAAAGCAGAGGAGGUCACUGGAGAGAUUAGUGACAACUUCAAGACAGAAAGAGCAGCGGAAAGCAUUGAACACGAGGCAAGUAAAACCACUGAAAGCCCUCAAGAAAUUCCUGAUACUUGCCAAGUGAAGGAAGAAGAAAGUUUGCAGGAAGAAGAGAAGAACCUAACUGCAACAGAAUCUUCACUGGAAGAGAAAAUAGAGAAAAAUGAACCAGAAGAGAAGCUUGAACAGCCAUUACAUUUGAUCACUGAAAAGAAUGAAACAUUUAGUUCAGAAGCUAAUGAAACACCUUGUCAAAUGGAGGAAGGGGCUACUGAAACUCUUAAAGAAGCUCCACAGAAAGAAGAAACUGAAAAAGAAACAGAAGAGAAUAAUGACACCGAGGGCAACAAAACAGCAAUAGAAGAGGAUCUUCAAAUGCUUGUUGAAACAUCUAAUGCUAGUGAAAGCAUAGAGACUACAACUCUUGAACCCAAGACAGAAUUUAGUAAUGUGGUGGCCGAAGAUGACAUCAAAAUGGAAGAUACUAAAGAGUUGCUUGAAAGUUGUAAGGAUACUGGAAAGAACGAGGAAGCUGAAAAAUGGAGCAUAGUUACUUCAACCGAAUCAGCUGAAACAAGGACAAGUGUCCAAGGAGGGACACCCUUUAAGGGCCAAGAAGAAAGCUUUGAAAAAAUAAUUAGGGAAGACUUACCAAUCCACACUGACACUGAUAGUAAAAAUGAGAUUUCAGAGGAUAAGGACGUACCAGAAAUGGAAUUGAAUGAAAAGAUAGAAGGUGCAGAAGUUGAGGUCCCAAAUGAGAAUGUGAAUGAUAUACAUGAUCCUCAUCCAUUAAUUGAAGUAGCCAAAAAGACUGAAGAAAUAAAUUUGGAUAAAGUCUCCAGCUUCGAACCCGAAGGAAGAACUCAAGAAGUAAAUGAUGCCUCAAUGGAAGAGAAGUAUAUCGAAGAUCCACCUGAGCCUUACCAGAGUCGGGAUGUGACAAUUGUAAAGCAUCCAUCUAUAGAAGGGGAAGUGAACACACCCCAAACAAAUGAAACAGAUGCAACUGAAUUGGAAUCUGAGGAAAAGUCAGUGAUCAAGGGUAACACUACUCCAGAAAAGUCAGAAGAAGAGAGCAAUAUAGAGCAAGUCGUAGAACUAGAAUCAGUUGAACAAGUUUCUGUCAAGAGCUUAGAAGAUGAAGAAAGGAAAGCAGAGGAGGUCACAGGAGAGAUUAGUGAGAACUUCGAGACAGAUAGAGCUGCGGAAAGUGUUGAACACGAGGCAAGUAAAACCACUGAAAGCCCUCAAGAAAUUCCUGAUACUUGCCAAGUGAAGGAAGAAGAAAGUUUGCAGAAAGAGGAGAACCUAACUGCAACAGAAGCUUCACUAGAAGAGAAAAUAGAGAAAAAUGAACCAGAAGAGAAGCUUGAACAGCCAUUACAUUUGAUCACUGAAAAGAAUGAAACAUUUAGUUCAGAAGCUAAUGAAACACCUUGUCAAAUGGAGGAAGGGGCUACUGAAACUCUUAAAGAAGCUCCACAGAAAGAAGAAACUGAAAAAGAAACAGAAGAGAAUAAUGACACCGAGGGCAACAAAACAGCAAUAGAAGAGGAUCUUCAAAUGCUUGUUGAAACAUCUAAUGCUAGUGAAAGCAUAGAGACUACAACUCUUGAACCCAAGACAGAAUUUAGUAAUGUGGUGGCUGAAGAUGACAUCAAAAUGGAAGAUACUAAAGAGUUGCUUGAAAGUUAUAAGGAUACUGGAAAGAACGAGGAAGCUGAAAAAUGGAGCAUAGUUACUUCAACCGAAUCAACUGAAACAAGGAUAAGUGUCCAAGGAGGGACACCCUUCAAGGGCCAAGAAGAAAGCUUUGAAAAAAUAAUUAGGGAAGACUUACCAAUCCACACUGACACUGAUAGUAAAAAUGAGAUUUCAGAGGAUAAGGACGUACCAGAAAUGGAAUUGAAUGAAAAGAUAGAAGGUGCAGAAGUUGAGGUCCCAAAUGAGAAUGUGAAUGAUAUACGCGAUCCUCAUCCAUUGAUUGAAGUAGCCAAAAAGACUGAAGAAAUAAAUUUGGAUAAAGUCUCCAGCUUUGAACCCGAAGGAAGAACUCAGGAAGUAAAUGAUGCCUCAACAGAAGAGAAGUAUAUCGAAGAUCCACCUGAGCCUUACCAGAGUCAGGAUAUGACAAUUGUAGAGCAUCCAUCUAUAGAAGGGGAAGUGAACACACCCCAAACAAAUGAAACAGAUGCAACUGAAUUGGAAUCUGAGGAAAAGUCAGUAAUCAAGGGUAACACUACUCCAGAAAAGUCAGAAGAAGAGAGCAAUAUAGAGCAAGUCAUAGAACUAGAAUCAGUUGAACAAGUUUCUGUCAAGAGCUUAGAAGAUGAAGAAAGGAAAGCAGAGGAGGUCACAGGAGAGAUUAGUGAGAACUUCGAGACAGAUAGAGCUGCGGAAAGCAUUGAACACGAGGCAAGUAAAACCACUGAAUGCCCUCAAGAAAUUCCUGAUACUUGCCAAGUGAAGGAAGAAGAAAGUUUGCAGAAAGAAGAGAAGAACCUAACUGCAACAGAAUCUUCACUGGAAGAGAAAAUAGAGAAAAAUGAACCAGAAGAGAAGCUUGAACAGCCAUUACAUUUGAUCACUGAAAAGAAUGAAACAUUUAGUUCAGAAGCUAAUGAAACACCUUGUCAAAUGGAGGAAGGGGCUACUGAAACUCUUAAAGAAGCUCUACAGAAAGAAGAAACUGAAAAAGAAACAGAAGAGAAUAAUGACACCGAGGGCAACAAAACAGCAAUAGAAGAGGAUCUUCAAAUGCUUGUUGAAACAUCUAAUGCUAGUGAAAGCAUAGAGACUACAACUCUUGAACCCAAGACAGAAUUUAGUAAUGUGGUGGCCGAAGAUGACAUCAAAAUGGAAGAUACUAAAGAGUUGCUUGAAAGUUGUAAGGAUACUGGAAAGAACGAGGAAGCUGAAAAAUGGAGCAUAGUUACUUCAACCGAAUCAGCUGAAACAAGGACAAGUGUCCAAGGAGGGACACCCUUUAAGGGCCAAGAAGAAAGCUUUGAAAAAAUAAUUAGGGAAGACUUACCAAUCCACACUGACACUCAGAGUAAAAAAGAGAUUUCAGAGGAUAAGGAUGUACCAGAAAUGGAAUUGAAUGAAAAGAUAGAAGGUGCAGAAGUUGAGGUCCCAAAUGAGAAUGUGAAUGAUAUACGUGAUCCUCAUCCAUUGAUUGAAGUAGCCAAAAAGACUGAAGAAAUAAAUUUGGAUAAAGUCUCCAGCUUCGAACCCGAAGGAAGAACUCAGGAAGUAAAUGAUGCCUCAACGGAAGAGAAGUAUAUCGAAGAUCCACCUGAGCCUUACCAGAGUCGGGAUGUGACAAUUGUAGAGCAUCCAUCUAUAGAAGGGGAAGUGAACACACCCCAAACAAAUGAAACAGAUGCAACUGAAUUGGAAUCUGAGGAAAAGUCAGUGAUCAAGGGUAACACUACUCCAGAAAAGUCAGAAGAAGAGAGCAAUAUAGAGCAAGUCGUAGAACUAGAAUCAGUUGAACAAGUUUCUGUCAAGAGCUUAGAAGAUGAAGAAAGGAAAGCAGAGGAGGUCACAGGAGAGAUUAGUGAGAACUUCGAGACAGAUAGAGCUGCGGAAAGCGUUGAACACAAGGCAAGUAAAACCACUGAAAGCCCUCAAGAAAUUCCUGAUACUUGCCAAUUGAAGGAAGAAGAAAGUUUGCAGAAAGAAGAGAACCUAACUGCAACAGAAGCUUCACUAGAAGAGAAACUAGAGAAAAAUGAACCAGAAGAGAAGCUUGAACAGCCAUUACAUUUGAUCACUGAAAAGAACGAGACAUUUAGUUCAGAAGCUAAUGAAACACCUUGUCAAAUGGAGGAAGGGGCUACUGAAAUUCUUAAAAAGGCUUUGCAGAAAGAAGAAACUGAAAUGGAAACAGAAGAGAAUAAUGACAUCGAGGGCAGCAAAAUAGCAAUAGAAGAGGAUCUUCAAAUGCCUGUUGAAACAUCUAAUGCUAGUGGAAGCAUAGAGACUACAGUCCUUGAACCCAAGACAGAAAUUAGUAAUAUGGUGGCUGAAGAUGACAUCAAAAUGGAAGAUACUAAGGAGUUGCUUGAAAGCUGUAAGGAUACUGGAAAGGAUGAGGAAGCUGACAAGCAUGAAAGGAAGGAGGAAUGUGUUACUAUACCAGAAGCUUUUGAAGAAAAAACUGUCCAAUGUUCUGAAGAGGAUAAAAAAGAGGAAGAAGAGUCUAGAGGACUUGAAGUAGAGAAAAUUGAGCAAAGCUCUGAGGAAGGCCAUACAGUUACUAAUAUCUCAUCAGAAUUGACUGAACAAGAAACAGCUGUGAUUCAUCCACGAGAUACAAAUGAGGUGAAGAAGCCAGAAGGAGAGAACAACUUAAAACAAAUUGUUGAAGAGACUAAUGUUAGAGACUUCAUUCCUCAAUCAGUUGACCAAGUUCUUGUCAAGAAUUUAGAAAAUGAGGAAAAGGAAGCAAAGGAUUUCACAGGAAAGUAUUUUGAGUCUGAGACAGAAAAAACAACCAAGAGUAUUGUGAAUGAGACAUGCAAAACCAUUGAAAGCCCCAGAGAAAUUCCUGAUACUUUCCAAGAGAAACAAGGAGAAAGUUUGCAAAGGGAAGCGAAGAAUGAAACUGUAACAGAAUCUUCUCCAGAAGAGAAAUCACUGGAAAGUGAACUGACAGAGAAGCUUGAAAAACCAUUAUCUUCAGACUCUAAUGAAAAUGAGGCAUUUGUUUCAAAUUCUAAUGAAGUGCAUAGCCUAAAGGAAGAAGGUUCUCCUCAAAACCGUGAAGAAGCUCCAGAGACAGAAGAAAAUGAGAAGGAAACAGAAUUCCAAAGCGACACCAAGGACUACAAUAUCACAUUGGAAAAGGAUGAUCAAGUAGAUGUUGAAAUAUCUGAUACAUCCAAAAGCAUUGAGAGCACUAUCCUUGAGUCCAAGGCAGAAAUGGAAAAUCUGGUGGUUGAAGAUGAUAUGAAGAAGGAAGAAUCAAAAGAGAUAUAUGAAGAAUUCAAGGAUGCAGGGGAGGUUGAGGAAACUCAAAGGCAUGACGUAACAGAAGAAUGUACUACUAUACCAGCACCUAUUGGAGAAAACACAGUGCAAAGCUCUGAAGAUGACAAAAAAGAAGAGACACCCAAAGUUCAGGCAUGUGCACAGCAUGAGACGAUUAGUUUAGGUGAGGAUGAUGAAAAACAAACUCAAAAUGAGGAAAACAUACUUGACCGGACAGGGGAACUUGAAGCAGAGAAAACAGAACAGAGCUCUAAAGAUGACCAUAUUGUUCCCCCUAUCUUAUCAAAAUCAAUUCAACAUGAAACAGCUGAAACUUAUCCAGGAAAUGCAAACGAGGCAGAGAAUCCAGGAGAGGAGGACAAACAGACUGUUGAAGAGAACAAUAUAAGAGACUGCAUUCCAGAAUCAGUUGAACAAAUUUCUGUCAAGAACUUAAAAGAUGAGGAAAAUAAAGCGGAAGAGCCUACAAGAGAGGGUUUUGAGAAGUCCAAAACGGAAGAAACAACUGAAAAUGAGACAUGUGAAACAACUGAAAGCCCAAGAGAAAUUCUUGAUACUUUCCAAGUGAAACAAGAAGAAAGUUCAGAGACCAAGGAAUUGAAUGUAACUGCUACUGAACCUUCCCAGGUGGAGGAACCACAGAAAAACAAACCAGAAGAAAAAACUGAAAAACCAUUAUCUUCAAUGUCGUACAGAAGUGAGGCAUUCAAUUCAGAUGCUGAAAAAUUGCCUUGCCAGAUAGACGAAGGAGCUCCUCAAAACCUUGAAGAAGCUCCACAUGAAGAAGAACAUGAGAAAGAAACUGAGGACAACAAAAUCUCAAUGGAAAAGGAUAACCAGGCAGCUAUUGAAACAUCUGAUCCAAGCAAAAGCGCAGAGAGGACAAUCCUGGAAUCGAGGACAAAAAUGGAUAAGAUGGUGGAUGAAGAUGGCACAGGGAAAGAACAAUCUGAAGAGUUAUGUGAAGAAAAGGAAAGCGUAGUUGAGCAGUCUAGAGAAGUGGAAGUAGAGAAAACUGAGCUGCGUUCUACAGAAGAACAUGCAAUUGCCAACAUGUCAUUGGAAUCAAUUGAUCGUGAAGCAGUUGUGAUCUCUUCAGGAAAUGAGAUCAAGGCAGAAGAAUCGGAAGGAAAGAACGAUGUAAUUAUUGAAGAAAGCAAUAUUGGAAGCCUAAUUCCAGAAAUAGUUGAGCAAGUUUCCUUAAAGAAAGUGGAAGAUGAGGAAAAGAAAGAACAUGAGUCCACAGGAGAGAUCCUUGAUAGCCCCAAGACUAAAGAAGUUGUUGACAGAACUAAACUUGAGACUGGGGAAACCUUGGAAAGCCCCAGAGAAAUUCUGGAUACUUUCCAGGAGAAACAUGGAGAAAGUUUGCAGAGUGAAGAGGACCUAACCACCGUAGAAUCUUCUCAAAACCUUGAAGAAACUCCACAGAAACAAGAAAAAGAAAAUGUAACGGAAGUAAACAAUAAUAUUGAAGAAAACAGAAUAGCAGUGGAGGAGAGUCUUCAAGAAGUUGCUGGAACAUCUGAUGCCAACACUACUACAGAAAGUACUGUCCCUGAACUGCAGACAGAAAAGGAUAAUAUGGUUGUUGAAGAUGAUGUAAAGAAGGAAGAAUCCAAAGAGUCCUAUGAAAAAUCCAAGGAUGCCGAAGUUGAGAAACAUGAAAUGGUUGAAGAAUGUGUUAACACGGAUAUAUUACAGGAAAUUACUGGAGAAAAUUCACUUAAGAGUCCUGGAGCUGAUAAAAAAGAGGAAGAGACAUCCAAAAUUGAGCUUGAGGAGACUGGUGUGGUUAAAGAAGGUGCUGAUAGAAGCAGAAGCUCAGAGUGUACAAAUAUAUUAAAGGAACCUUGUGGAGAAAAAGUACAUCAAAGCUCCGGAGAUGAUGAAAAAGAGGAAGAGACAUCCAAAACUGAGGUAAACAGUGCUGGUGAGGAUGCUGAAGAACAGUUUGUAAAAGAGGAAAUCAUGGUAGACCAGUCUAGAGAAGAAGUAGAGAAAGUUGAACAGAAAAACAAACCAGAAGAAAAGACUGAAAGCCCAUAUUCCUCAAUGUCAGACAAAAAUGAGGCAUUCAAUUCAGAUUCUGAAAAAUUACCAUGCCAGAAGGAAGAAAGAGCUCCUCAAAACGUUGAAGAAGCUUCGCAUGAAGAAGAAAAUGAGAAAGAAACAGAUGACAUCAAAAUCGCAAUGGAAGAGGAUAAUCAGGCAGUUUUUGAAACAUCUGAUACAAGCAAAAUCACAGAGAGGACAAUCCUGGAACCGAAGACAGAAAUGGAUAGGAUGGUGGAUGAAGAUGACACAGGGAAAGAACAAUCUAAAGAGUUAUGUGAAGACAAGGAUGUUGAAGUAGCUGAAGAAAAGGAAAACAUAGUUGAGCAGUCUAGAGAAGCCGAAGUAGAGAAAACUGAGCUGAGUUCUGUAGAAGAACAUGCAAUUGCGAACAUGGAAGAUGAGGAAAAGAAAGAUAAUGAGUCCACAGGAGAGAUCCUUGAUCGACUGAAGACUGAAGAAGUUGUCGACAACACUGAACUUGAGACUAGUAAAACCUCGGAAAGACCCAAAGAAAUUCUGGAUACUUUCCAGGAGAAAAAUGGAGAAAGUUUGCAGAGUGAAGAGAAGGAACUAACUACCGUAGAAUCUUCUCAAAACCUUGAAGAAGCUCCACAGAAAGAAGAAAAAGAAAAUGUAACAGAAGGAAAAAAUGAUAUUGAAGAAAAUAGAAUAACAGUGGAGGAGAGUUUUCAAGAAGUUGCUGGAACAUCUGAUGCCAACAAAACUACAGAAAGUGUUGUCCUUGAACUGAAGACAGAAAAAGAUGAUAUGGUGGUUGAAGAAGAUGUAAAGGAGGAAUCCAAAGAGUUCUAUAGAAAUUCCAACGAUGCGGAAACUGAGAAACACGAUAUGGUUGAAGAAUGCAUUAAUAUGGAUACCUUACAGGAAACUACUGGAGAAAAAUCACUUCAAAGUAGUGGAGUUGAUAAAAAAGAGGAAGAGACAUCUAAAAUUGAGCUUGAGGAAACUGGUGUGGUUCCUGGUGCUGAAACACAAACCCCGAAAGGAGGCAUAGAUGACCAGUCUACAGAAUUUGAUGCACAAAAAUCUGAAGAGAGCUUUAAAGAAGAUUAUACAUUUGGCUACAUCUUACCAGAAUCAAUUGAACAAGAAACGGUUGAGAUUUCUCCAGUUAGUGUGAACAAAAAAGAAAAGUCUGAAGGAAAGAACAAUGUAGUACAAGUGGUAGAAGAGAGCAAUAUUACAAACCUCGUUCCUGAAUCAGUUGAACAAGUUCCCGUCAAGAACUUAGAAGAGGAGGAAAAGAAGGCAGAUAUGUCCAUAGAAGAGAUUUCCGAUAACAUCAAGGUGGAAGAAGCAACUCAGAGCAUAGAAAAUGAGACAGAUAAAAAUAGACCCAUGGAAAUCCCCAGAGAAUCUCUUGAUACUUUCCGGGUGAAACUAGGAGAAAGUUUGCCUUCUGAAGAAAAGAACCUAACUACAGCAAAGGAAUCUCCACCAGGACCUCAGAUUGAAGAAUCGUUAUCAGAUAGUGGUAAAAUACCUUGCUUGAUGGAGGACGGGGCUUCACAAACUGAAGGAACUCUACUGACAGCAGAAAAAGAGAAUGAAACAGAAGAUAACAAUCAAUCCAAGGACAAGAAAAUACAGAAGGAAGAGGAUCCAGAAGUAGUUGGUGAAACAUCUGACACAAGCAAAAGUGCAGAGAGUAUUGUGCUGGAACUGAAGUCAGAAAUGGAUAAUAGGAUAGCUGAAGAUGACAUAAAGAAUGAAGAAAGCCCAGAGCUAUGUGAAAAUUUUGUCAAUCCUGCUAAGGUUGAGGAAAUCGAACAGCGUGGUGUUUCAACAAAAGAAAUAGUUCAAAGCUCUGAAGAAGACAAAAAGGAGGAAGAAAUACCCCAAAUUGAGGUAAGUUCUUACAGUGAGCCAAACAGGGUAGAGAAGCAGUCGAGAGAUUUUGAAGUUGAGAAAACUGAGCAAAGCUUUAAGGAGGAGCAUACGAUUGCCAACAUUUUACCACAAUCAAUUGAACAAGAAACAGCUGAGAUCCAUGAAGAAAGUGAAAACAAGGCAGAAGAGUCAGAAGGAAGGGACAGAAUAGAGCAGGUAGUAGAAGAAAGCAAUAUCCACAUAACAGAAUCUUCAAUAGAGAAAAACCCUCAGGAAAGUGAACCUGAAGAGAAGCAUGAACACUUGCUGCCUUCGACAAAGUCUGAUAAAACUGAGGCAUUUAUUUCAGAAAAUGCUACAAUGCCUUGUCAGAUGGAAGAAAAGGUUGCUCAAAACCUUGAAGAAGCUUCACAGAAAGAAGAGCAUAUGAAAGAAACAGAUGACAACAAAAUAGAAGUGCAAGAGCAGGAAGUUCAAGAAGGUGUUGGAGAAAAAAUAAAUCAAAGCUCUGGAGAUGAUGACAUAAAUCAAAGUGCAGAGAGUACAACUGAAGAUGACAUAAAGAAUGAAGAAAGCCAAGAGUUAUGUGAAAAUUUUGUCGAUGCUGCUAAGUUUGAGGAAAUCGAACAGCAUGAUGUUCCGGAUGAAUGUGUUUCUACAAAAGAAAUAGUUCAAAGCUCUGAAGAAGUCAAAAAAGAGGAAGAGAUACCCGAAAUUGAGGUAAGUUCUUACAGUGAGCCAACCAGGGUAGAGGAGCAGUCAAGAGAAUUUGAAGUUGAGAAAACUGAGCAAAGCUUUAAGGAGGAACAUACUGUUGCUGACAUUUCACCGCCAUCAAUUGAACAAGAAGCAACUGAGAUCCAUGAAAAAAGUGAAAACAAGGCAGAAGAGUCAGAAGGAAAGAACAUAGCAGAGCAGGAAGUAGAAGAGAGCAAUAUCGACGCAACAGAAUCUUCAAUAGACAAAAACCCUCAGGAAAGUGAACCUGAAGAGAAGCUUGAACACUUGCUGCCUUCAGAAAAUGACAAAAUGCCCUGGCAGAUGGAAGAAAAGGCUGCUCAAAACCUUGAAGAAGCUCCACAGAAAGAAGAGCAUAUGAAAGAAACAGAUGACAACAAGGACGACAAAAUCGAAGCGCAAGAGCAGGAAGUUCAAGAAAGUGCUGAUAGAAGCAAAAGCUCAGACUUUACAAAUAUCUCACUGGAAUCUACUGAAGAAAAAAUACAUCAAAGCUCUAGAGAUGAUAAAAAUGAGGAAGAGACAUCCAAAACAGAGGCAAGCAGUGUUGGUGAGGAUGCUGAAGUACAGUCUGUGAAAGAAGAAGACGAUAUAGAAUCGAAGAUGCCCACUGAGGAGAGCAAGAGAACUCAAAAAGUUGAUGAAGAUGUGGAUGCCAAAAUGCAGAAUAUAGAAGGCGACAGAGCAGAGAACAACAUUGAGGCAUCUGAGACAGCUGAUUUCACCACAAGCAGAGAAAUUCAGAGCAUAGUAGAUACUAAAGAAGGCCUCAUUUCUUCCACUGUUGAAGAUGAUACUGUAGUGGAAAGGUCACUGGAAGAUGGAAGGAAAGCGAUGAAGGUUGAUGAAUUAAGUUCAGCAUUUGUUGAAGAGAUUGAGGAGACAAGCUCUGCAAUGGAAAAAGUCUCUGAGACCUUAAAGGACAGUGAAAAAUCAAACGUCAAUUCAUCUCCUAGAGAAAUCGGUGAAUGCCUAGAUGAAAAAUCCUCCUUGGUGCCAGAAGCGUCAGAAGAAAUCACAGAAAAAGAAGAGAAAAUUAUUGAUGAUUCGGAUUUUGCAUCUGUUAUGGUGUCAAAAGAAGAAAUCUGCUUGACAGAAACUGAACCCGAAGGGGAAAAGCAAGUAGAAUGUCAAGCAACUGAAAAAAGAGAAAACAUAAAGGAAGAUGAAGUUCCUGACAUAAGAAGCGAAGACAAAAAAGACGCCACCAGUGAUAAGAGGCCCCUAGAAGAAACACCAGAAGAAGUGGAAUCUUCUACAAUGACAUCGAAAGAACAUGGAAUCGUGACUGGUGAAGCGAGAGAAACAACAAAUCUAUCAAAUGUUUCUGAAGUGGGGCUUGUAGACACCGAUAAGGAACCUGCAAAUGAGGAAGUUCAAAAAGAGAGGUUUGAGGAUUUGUAUGUCCAUUCCGAGUUGGACAAAGAUAAUCCUCUCUCUGUAUCAGAAGGUGUAGAAAUCUCAAAGGAAGAAGAGAGUAGAGAACUAGCAGAUCGCACUGAUGAUUGCGCAUCAAAGACUUUGGAAGAUGUUGAAUCAUCAAUUUCAUCAUCAAAACCGGAAAAAACUGAAGAUAAUCCCUUUGAUGAGGCUCUGAAAACUACUGAAACUUAUAACAUAUGUGCUGACACUGGAAAAGAUGUUCUUGAACAAGAGAUGAUUGAAGAUAAGGAAUAUGUUGAAGUUGAAAAGGAGGUAAUUGAACAGAAAGGAGAAGCUGAAAGCCAGAGACUAGAAGAUGAAGACACCAAAUAUACAGCUGAAGAGAUUGUUAAAUCAGCUGAUCGUGAUCAGAUACUUCAACACCCCUCUGAAGCUGGGUCUGGAGAUGGAAGUUAUGAAAUGCUCCCUGAAACUGACAAGAACCAAAUUGAGGAAAACUGCAGUAACAUCAAGAAGCAAGAAGAUGAAAAUGAGAAAGAGGAACCGAAAUUGGAGGCUGAUGAUUUCAAAGAACAAAAUGCAAAUGAGACGAAAAAGGCUGUAAUCUUAGCUGAAGAAACUCUUGAGGAAGUUGAGCAAUCAAAUGAUAGUGAAGUCACCAAGGAACCAGUUCUACAGGAAGAGCAUGGCAUAAGUGAACCUCAUGUAUUAUCCAUUGUAGGUGAAAGAACUUAUGAGGUACUAGACUCAUCUCCAGAAUACAGUGAAUACACAGGGACUGUGGACUCCAGAAAGAAGAUGGAAACUGAAAGUUCAGAGGUCGAAGAGAGCUCAAUCACGGAAAGAGAAGCAUCCUUUUCUGGACAGUCAAAAGAACAAAAAGUAGAAGACGGUGGUAUUGAGCCACCAGCUGAGUUGGAAGAGAAGACUGAGGAGAUUACAGAGAGUUCAAAAAACCAAAAUGCAACUUUUACAACAGAGACAGAAGCAAUCCCCGGGGAAGCUCAACUGCAUGGCAGGCUUGUUGAGGACGAAGGUGAGCCAUGUUCAGAAAAAACUGAAGAGAGUUCAAUCAGGGAAAGAGAAGCAUUCUUUGCAGGACAGUCAAAAGAACAAAAAGUAGAAGACAGUAGUAUGGAGCCACCAGCUGAGUUGGAAGAGAAGAUUGAGGAGAUUACGGAGAGUUCAAAAAGCCAUAGUGCAACUUUGACAACAGAGGCAGAAGCAGUCCCAGGGGAAGCUCAACUGCAUGGCAGGCUUGUUGAGGACCAAGGUGAGCCAUGCUCAGAAAAAACUGAAGAGAGUUCAAUCAGGGAAAGAGAAGUAUCCUUUGCAGGACAAUCAAAAGAACAAAAAGUAGAAGACAGUAGUAUUGAGCCACCAGCUGCGUUGGAAGAGAAGAUUGAAGAGAUUACAGAGAGUUCAAAAAGCCAGAAUGCAACUUUGAAAACAGAGACAGAAGCAGUCCCAGGGGAAGCUCAACUGCAUGGCAGGCUUGUUGAGGAUCAAGGUGAGCCAUGUUCAGAAAAAACUGAAGAGAGUUCUAUCAGGGAAAGAGAAGCAUCCUCUGCAGGACAAUCAAAACAACAAAAAGUAGAAGACAGUAGUUUCGAGCCACCAGCUGAGUUAGAAGAGAAGAUUGAGGAGAUUACAGAGAGUUCAAAAAGCCAUCAUGUAACUUUGACAGCAGAGACAGAAGCAAUCCCAGGGGAAGCUCAAUUGCAUGGCAGGCUUGUUGAGGACCAAGGUGAGCCAUGUUCAGAAAAAACUGAAAUUGAGUAUGCUCUGCAGGGUAAAGAAGUUAACAGCAUGAAAAUUGAAGAAACCUCCAGUGACUUGACACCUGAACUCCAAACUGUGGAAUAUAUAGUAACAGAAGAACCUGACGAGACCAAAAGAGCUUCUGAACCAUUUCAUGAGUCCAAAGAGGGCACUGAAGAAACUGAAUUGGAGAAAUGCCCGACAGUGAAAAAGCUGGAUCAAUUCACAGCAAAUGAUCUUAUUCAUGCAGAGAAAAAGAAUGAAGCUGCCUUUAGUGUGGUUUAUGAGACCCAGGAUGUGGGUGCUGAAGGAACUGCUAAAACUGGGGAAAGCCAAACCAUAGUAACAACGGACCAGGUCCCAUCAACUAAUUCUGAGGAUGCAGAGGAAGAUAGUCCUCUGGUAGAAACUCCAAAUGCAGAUGAAAAUGAAGCCAAAGUAGUUCAAGAAGCAAUUUGUGAGUCCAAAGAUCAAGGCAUUGAAGAAUCCGGGGAAAGCGCGGGUGUUGAAAAGCUGGACCAAGUCCCAGCUACUAACUCUGGGGAUGUAAUGAAAGGGAGUGUACCUGAGGGACAUUCAGAAGCUGAUGAAGUUGUGGAAACCGAAAUAGCUUCUAUAAUAAUUCCCCAGUCCAGAGAGCAAGGCACUAACGAGAGUGAUGAAACUGGGAAAAGCCCAACUGCAGAGAAGCCAUAUACAGAUAAAAGCGAAGAAGCUUGCAAAGAAACAUCCGACCAUGGAGUUAUUGGAGAGCCAUGUAUAGAACCUAUUGAAAAGCUGGACCAAGUCCCAGCUACUAACUCUGAGGAUGUAAUGAAAGGGAGUGUACCUGAGGAAAAUUCAGAAGCAGAUGAAGUUGUGGAAACCGAAAGAGCUUCUAAAAUAGUUCCUCUGUCCAAAGAGCAAGGCACUGACGAGAGUAAUGAAACUGGGAAAAGCCCAGCUGUAGAAGAGACAGAUAAAGAUAAAAGCGAAGAAGCUUGUGAAGAAACAUCCGAAUAUGGAGUUUUUAGAGAACAAGAUAAAGAACCUGUGGAAAAGCUGGACCAAGUUCCAGCAACUUACUCUGGGGAUGUAGUGAAAAGGAGUGUACCUGAGGAAAAUUCAGAAGCAGAUGGAGUUGUGGAAACUGAUAUAGCUUCUAAUAUAGUUGCCCAGUCCAAAGAGCAAGGCACUAACGAGAGUGAUGAAACUGGGAAAAGCCCAACUGCAGAGAAGCCAUAUACAGAUAAAAGUGAAGAGGCUUGCAAAGAAACAUCCGACCAUGGAGUUAUUGGGGAGCCAGGUAUAGAACCUAUUGAAAAGCUGGACCAAGUCCCAGCUACUAACUCUGAGGAUGUAAUGAAAGGGAAUGUACCAGGGGAAAAUUCAGAAGCAGAUGAGGUUGUGGAAACCGAAAUAGCUUCUAAAAUAGUUCCUCUGUCCAAAGAGCAAGGCACUGACGAGAGUUAUGAAAUUGGGAAAAGCCCAACUGCAGAGAAGCCAGAUACAGAUGAAAGCGAAGAAGCAUCCGACCAUGGAGUUAUUGGAGAACCAGAUAUAGAACCUGUUCAAAAGCUGGACCAAGUUCCAGCUACUAACUCCAGGGAUGUAAUUAAAGGGAGUGUACCUGAGGAAAAUUCAGAAGCAGAUAAAGUUGUGGAAACCGAUAUAGCUUCUAAUAUAGUUCCCCAGUCCAAAGAGCAAGGCACUAACGAGAGUGAUGAAACUGGGAAAAUCCCAACUGCCUCGAAGCCAGAUACAGAUAAAAGCGGAGAAGCUUGCAAAGAAACAUCCGACCGUGAAGUUAUUGGAGAACCAAGUUUUGAUCCUGUUGCAAAAGGUGAAAUAACUGCUGAGCAGACUCCCCCGGCAGAGAAAUUAACGGAGUGGAUUCUGACUCAAACGUCUGAGUUGCCUUCUGAGUACGGAGCUACAACAACAGUUGAGAACAUAGAAGAAGAGAAAACAGAAAAGAUGGAGAAGAUGGACGAUGAUGGUCUCAAAGAUUCUUCAGCUGCAAAGUUAACAGAAGAGAUAAGCUCGUUAAAGAAAAUAUCCAGAGAGCUUGAAUCUUCCACAGUGGGGCUUUCAACCGACAAAAACAGAGAGGAGAGUCCAACUGAAGUACACUGGGAAGAAGGUCAGACCCCAGAUGGAGACAUACACCUAGAACAUCAGGAAGAUGAGAAUAAGAUAGAGUGUCUUGCUUCUUCAUCAGCAAGCAAGGACAUCAUUGAUGUAGCUACAGAAACUGAUAAAGCUUGUGAUGUCAACUUAGAGACAAGUGAAAGGGCUUUUGAAUCAAUCCAGGAAUCAGAGUUCACUGACAUGAGCGCUGAAGAAACCCACUCUAAGAAAACAAGUGAGGCAAAUAUAAUCACAGAAAAGGAAGUGUCGAAGGAAGAGAUCAAAGAGGAAAAGGAGGUAGCCGAAACUUAUCAAUCAAAUUCCCUUAGUGAAGAAAAACUGACAGAGGGCCUUCAAGAAGAUGAACAAAUGCCUGGAGAAUGUACAGGACAGAAGACAAAUUUAACAUUCGACACAACAGUCGGUGGAAGUCUAGCUGAAGAGCUGCCUAUGGUAAAUGAAAAGGCUACUGCAAGCAAGACAAUUAUAGAACAAGUCGUUGCCGAAGAUAGAAGCCUUGAGCACCCGGACAGAGUUUCAGUUGAAGACAAGAAAAUAAAAGAGAGCUUCCCAAAUAAGUUUGAGGAAAUUAAUGUUGAGGAGUCAGCGAUCAAAGUGGAUUCCAUCAAUCAGGACAGCUCUGAAAAUGACAGAACUGUAAUAGCUGAGGAAUCCAGUGAAGCCAUACUACAGAAAGAAAACUUCGAGGGGUUUGAAAAAGGGGGCAAAGAAACUCAGAAGUCGGAGGAAACCUCCUUCGUAACAAGUGAAAAGCAAGUAACGAGGGAAGAGUGCCCGGACACAAUGGCUUCAACUGGCAAUGAGCAGCAUGUUCCACCAGUGCUAUCGGAAGGAAUCCUAGAAACCUCAAGGGAUGUUGAAACAGAAGAUUUCACUAAGGUGGUUCAUUCAGAAGCCAAAGAAGAUAAGCGUGGAGAAGAAAUAAGUGAGGAGUCCACGUUGGUGGAUUCAAAUAAAGCUUCAUUGCAAAAACUCUUUGAGAAAUCCACAAGAGAAAGAACCCAAGUGGAUGAAGACGUCAAGAAAGAGAGAGACCCAACAGGCGGCAAAGAAGAAAUGCAAACUGAAGAAGCAGAAAGCCAUGAAGAGGAAGGAGAUGAACACAAAAAGACAGAUUCCGGGUCUGAUGCUCCAGUAAUGGUAGAGGCCUCUAGAGAAAUGGAAGUUAAGGCUGUUACACAUAAGAAAUCUUUAUUAUCAGGCGUUGGAUCAAAGGUGAAGCAUUCAAUUUCAAAGGUGAAGAAAGCAAUUACAGGCAAAUCUACUCACCAUCACCACUCAAAGGCAAUGUCACCAAAAUGAAGUAGUUCAUGAUCAGUGACUGCCAAUAGAGAUCAGUCGGAAGAUGUAACAGUAGAUGGUGUUGAAGAGAUUGUUUGAAUGAAAUUAGCGUGGUUUGGGAUUGUUAGAUGUAGAAGUAGUAGUGUGGAAGAGAUUGGUUGAAUCAAAUUACAAAGAUUCGAGUGUGGUGUGUUUGUGUAUGUACAGAUCGAUUGAGCGUGGUGUGCUUGUGUACAUACAGAUCGAAUAUAUGAAGUUCAAUUUUGCUUGAAGAAA